CCGAAUCCAAAUCGGACGAAUCUAAUUUUCUCAUGUCGAUUUUGAUCGAUUUCUACUUGUUUUUGUUGUUGGUGUUGGUAAAGGCAAUGCGGAGUUUCGGGAGUGCACCCUGUCGGACCUUCACGUGACCCAGACCGCCACGGGGAUGAACGCCAGAGGGAACCCAGAGUACGCCGUGGAGGUGGAGAACAGGUGCAUCUGCACACAGACGGACGUCAAGCUGCUUGCCCCCGGGUUCAAAUCCUCCGAGCCCGUGGACCCCAACGUCUUCCGGCCGGACGCCGACGGCAAGCUCGGCACCCUCAACAACGGCUCCCCGGUGUACAACGGCGACAAGAUCAAGUUCAACUACACGUCGGCCACCAAGUUCAGCCUCGCGCCCUUCUCCUCCAGCGUCGCAUGCUCGUGAUUGGGAGGAUUACUUGGAGUCGGUGGGCCUGAUGAAUAAGUUUGUGUCGGUUGAUUGAUGAUAUAUACGUUUGUAAAUUAAUCCGCACAUGCAUGAAACGUUGCUUUGAGAAUUGAUGGGUUUGUUGAAAUUCGAGGGUGGUUGUAUCUUGCUACCAUUGGAAAAUUUUGUGAAAAUCCCAUGAAAAAGUCAGCACAUAAUAUAUAGCCUCAAUUCGUCAAAAAAAAUUCACCCUCAAUGUACUAUGACCCAAAAACUUUAGAUCUAAACUUGUUUCAUAGUGUCAUGUGAAUCAAAUUUAGAUCUGGAAAUUUGUGCCAUCAGAGCUCCCAUUUGUUGGAAAUUUGUUUUUAGUGUCUGUUUGUCAUGCUGCGAA